GAAACACAAUGAAAAAAAAUGAAAAUCCUCCAAAGCGUCUGUCUUCUGAAGAGACAGGACAAACAGAGCAUACUAGUCUAAAACAGGUAAAGAUACCAUCCAACAAGACAAACACUUGGCAGCCUCUUUCGAAGAGUAGCAGAGAGCAUUUGCAAACUAUUAUGGAAACAGUAAUAAUAACAAUUUUGAGUGACAGUGGUACUCAAAAGGAACAAAUUCAAUAUCAUCUCAACUGCCUGAAGAAAAGAUUGCUACAACGGUUUGAAACCCUAAAAGUCCCUCCCAAGAAGCAGAAAGAUGUAACUAAUGUGUCAAGUCUACUGAAAAUGGAAAGGGCACAGCACAGAGCUAAUGAAGAAGGUCUGGCAUUAUUGCAGGAAGAAAUAGAUAAAAUGGUAGAGACCACAGAGUCUAUGACUGAGAAUAUUCAGACCCUGAAGAACAAAAUUGAAAUUCUGACAAGAGAGGUAGAAGAAGAGGAGGAGGAGAUAAAGCAGACAUUUCAAGUAGAUAGUAGUGGGGUACUGUCUCUUCCAGAACUUCCUCAGAAAAGUCUCAAAGCCCCCACACUUCAGCAAGAAAUUUUGGCACAAAUUCCAAACCAGCUCCCUCUUCUGAAGGACUUGGACGUUCUCCAUAAUUCAUCCCAGAUGAAGAACCUGUUAACUUUCAUCGAAGAAGCCUAUAAGAGAUUGGAUGCCUCUUAAAGAAUGGUUUUUAGAUUAUUCCAUAGUAAUUUAAUGUUUAUAAAGUUGUAAAACUGAUAACCUAUGAUGAUAUUGCAGAGGCUGAGGCUUCUUCAGGAUUUAUUAUUUCCUAAUAUGCAAUUUAAAAUUAGCCUCUGUAAAUCUACCAUUAGCAUUUGAUACAGUCCUGAAAACUCGGUGUUUAGCAGUUGCCAGGUCUAGGAAUUCAUAUUUUUGUUGCUGUAUUUCCAGUUAUUUGCCUGCAACCAUGAAAUAAGAACAGCCGCAAUCUAAUGAUUUCUAAUGGCUGAAUAGAGCUCAUUUAUUGAUUAGUGCAGAGGAAAUUUGAUACUGUCUUAAUAUAUGUAAAGUGUUUAUAGUCCUAGUUCAUAAAAAGUAGUUCAUAAAUGUUUGCUGUCAUUAUUAUUCUUUAGCUGAAGACGCAUUUUCUGUUUGGUCAUCUGGAACUUGAGAAAACCCAAAUGCCUUUGCUUUUUUACAUAACUCCCUAGACUUUGUGGUGUCAGUAAGAUUUGCCAGGUGUCUUCAACUUUGGAGGUAACGUGGACAUUUGAUUUCUUUGGUUGAGUUAGUGAAUAGAUGUUGAGCACUUAUUUUCCCCUGUCAUCAAAGCAUACUUUAAUUUCAUCAAAGUGUUAAAAAGGAACAUAAGCACAUUUAUUCCCUUAAAAGGAAAAACAAAAAAUCCUUUCUAAACCUUUCCUCGUUGUGAUGAUAAUAUGUAUAUACAUGUGAAUAAAUGAUCACUAAACUAUAUCAAAAAUUAAUUCUGACCAACUACAGUAUGUUGUCUGGAUUGCUUUUAUGUAUUAUCAAAUAAAAUAACUGCAAUUUCA